AUGGAAGCCACAGCGGUUGCCUUGUCAGAAGGAGAAUCGCUAUCAAGCAAAGAAACGUGGCAGCUUAAUACCGGGUGUCAGGGACGUGGGCUACUUCUACAGGCUUGUGCCCUUGGGUUUAGAGAAGUAGGUCCACGCAUUUGGGCUGGAGAAACAGUGAAAAGUGUAAAGAUGCUUGUCCAAGGGCUACGUGCCAACACAAACGGGGCCUCCGGUUAUCAUUUCAAACCAAGCCAGAGCUUGCGCAUAGGGAUGAAAACUGAAGGGACGGUUGUCCUAGUUAAGCAUAAUUUUGUAGCAAUAAUUCUGCCUUCAUAUUUCCACAGUCCUCGGUUGGACAAAGCCAACGACGAGUAG